AUGACUCGCCUAGCGACCUCCGCCUUUCUGCUCGCCGCCCUCGCGCCCGCUGCCGCUUCGUGGCAACCGGGCUGGCCCGCCGAUCCCAGCGCGGGAAAAGAGAACGUCACGUGUAACCUGAAGUGGGACGUCCUCUGCGGCGACUCUCCGCUGAAAAAGUAUCCCUGCGCCCAGCCAUGGAACCGCGAGAUCGUGCACGAGUACCUGGAGAAGGCAAUCGCCGUGGAGUUCUUUACCAUUCCACUGUACUUGACGGCUGGCUACUCUCUGCACAAGUCGCAGCAGGUCAUGUUUGGCCAGCCAGGCUACGAGGACGCCGUGAAGGUUCAAGCCAACGGAAGGUACGUCGACACUGACAGUCAUGCCCAUCAACAACAGUUUCACGCCCUCGAGCUCAUCCACGCCACUUUCAUCGACGAGAUGUACCACCUCAAGUGGGUCGCCAACGUGGCGAGUGCUGCAGGACUCGAUGCAGACGGCUUUCGGCGUGCGCUCAAAAAGCCCCCCCUUACCAACGGCACCUACCUGGACCAGCUGCCAGUCAAAGCAGGGGCGUACCGCAGCAUUUCCGACUUCUACUACGCGCUGUGGGAGGGUCUGAUUGCGAUCAACAAAAACAUCAGUGCGCCGCAUGGCGAGUGUGACGUCGGCAAGAACACGUGCAUGGGGUACUCGACCCAUAAGUGCAAGGUUCACACCGACUGCCCUGGCAACUGGACGGGCGUGAUCCCAGACCGUCAGUGGUCGACAGUCGAUGACGACAAGCACGGAUUCAGGGUGACGCCUCCGACUGUGAUGAACCUGCCUACCGCACUAGCGAACAUCCUACCGAUUGUGUACGAGGGCGAAGGUGCCGAUGUUCGCAUCAUGUCGGGGGCACGCGUGAUGACGGAGAGAGGAAUCCUGCCUCGGGAGUACGUCACGGCCGGCGAUGAGGUGGACUCCACCGAUGUUGCAGCCUAUACACACUACGAUCGCUUCCUCGCCAUCAACAAAUGGGUGGAGUCGCUUCCCCCCGAUAACAAGACGACGUACAUCAAGUCGCUCGAACGGCAUCCAAGUGAGUGCCAGUCUGCGGCGAUGAAUGCCAACCUACAACAAGAGAAGGCAUACAACAACCUGCUGAAGGACAUUGUGGAUGGAUACAGCAACGAGACCAAAAAUUCUCUUCCCGAGUCUCAAUGGUUUGCCCACAUGGUGUACGCGACCCCGUCGGUUAAGUCGGAGACGAUGGCGCUCGAGGACGGAACCUACGGGGCAACGCCCCCGCCCUCGCACUCGGCUGAGAUGAUGUCGAAGGGGCCGUCAAAGUGCCCUUACGCCAAUCCGAUGUGGCUCACGAGCUCGUGA